ACGCGCUCAAACUUUUCUAAGAGUUUUCAAACUUCUGCUCGAGCUCAAAUCGCCCGCACGCGAGCUCUCUCGCCGCCUUGACUCCCGUUUUCCCUGAUUUCCGUUUCGUGCUUUGAAACUUUCUUUCACUCCAAGCAUUUUCCCCCUCUUUUAAGUUAUGUUUGCCUCUAAGUGUUUUCUUAUGGCGAAUAGAUGACAGCGCGCGAGGGUUUACAACUGCUUCACACGCGACAGAGCGGAGCUGCACUUCUAUAGUUUUUUUUGUGUCUUUCUAUCUAUAGUGUGUGUAUAUAGUACAGAGUAGUUCUUUCAAACUUUCCCAACACGUUCACUUCCAAUGGAUAUGGCUGUGCUCAUGUGGGACAUCAUUGUUUCUCUAACGUUAUUGAUUUCUCCGGCUUCGCUCUCGGCGGAUAAGAGCGGCUUCAGGAAACUGUACGUGCUUCAACCGGGACCGAGCGGUACGGACGGGGUUCACGUGAGCUCUAUUUCAUCGCUCUCGGGAGCGUCGGGACAGCCGCACUCCUACAAUGUGGAGCUCAAAGCCAGCUUCGGCGGCCAGGUCCGGACCCGCAGAAUGGGUCACCAGUCGAAUCCGAACCCGAGCAUUCCGAUCCGCCAGGACGCGCAGCCUGGCCGACACACAACCAGCCAUCAUAUGAAAAUAUCAGGAGUGAACGUCUGUGGGGGGCAGUGCUGUGUUGGUUGGAGCAAGACCCAGGGAUCUCAGCGCUGCACUAAACCUAACUGUACGCCCCCAUGCAAAAAUGGAGGGAUGUGUUUGCGGCCCCACAUUUGUGUGUGUAAGCCAGGCUCUAAAGGCAAGUCCUGUGAACAGACCACUUUGCCCCCAUCCUCUCAUCCAACUGGACCAUUAAACGGACACACCAAUGGUGGACUUCCAAACGGAGGUCAUACAAAUGGAUAUCCCAACGGUCAUAAUGUAAUUCCCCAGCGUCCCAUUCCUCAGCAGAUCUUCCCACAAGGCCAAGGUCAAGUGCCGUUACCGUUGCCCGGCACCAACAUGGGACAUCUGACUCUGUCCAUGAAGACAUCACCUAACGGACCCGUUCCUUAUCAACCACAAGUACAAAACCCAGUUUCAAUGACAAUGCACCAAAGCAAAACCCAGAAAUUCAUGGUUCAACAGAAAAACUACCACACUCACACACAGCUGAACCGAGCCAUCCCUCUUUCAGUGGGACACAAUCCAAUAAAUGUAGGGAACCACACAGGCCGGAUCAAGGUGGUCUUCACCCCGACUAUCUGCAAGAUGACCUGCACCAACGGCCGCUGUCAGAACAGCUGUCAGCAGGGCAACACCACCACUAUCAUCAGUGAGAACGGGCACACUACGGACACACUCACCGCCCCCAACUUCAGAGUCGUUGUUUGCCAUUUGCCCUGCAUGAAUGGAGGAAAAUGCAGCACUCGGGACAAGUGCCAGUGCCCACCAAACUUUACUGGAAAAUUCUGCCAAAUGGCGAAUCCCAACGGUCACCAGGGUCAACAUACUGUCGUAAACGGACAGAAGACACACGUCCACUCAACGCACACGUUACCCCUCAGCUACGGCACUGGACAAAACCAGGGUUUGGUGAAUGUCCAUGUGAAACAUCCUCCAGAAGCCUCUGUCCAGAUCCAUCAGGUGUCUCCGGUGGACAGUAACGGGCAGGUCAAAAACACACAGUCCAGCCACACCUUCACCUACCACAGCAGCAGCCAGAGCAUCCAACACGGACAUACUCACAGCGGCGUCAUUUACCCCAACCAGCAAACAUACCCCCAAUACCAGCCGGUGACUUCCAAGAACCAGCUGGGACGCUGCUUCCAGGAGACUGCUGGAAUGCAGUGUGGGAAAGCUCUGCCCGGCCUGUCUAAACAAGAUGCCUGUUGUGGGAUGGUGGGCACAUCAUGGGGAUUCCACAAAUGCCAAAAAUGCCCCAAGAAAACAUCGAUUCCUUUGAUUGAAUGUCCUCAAGGCUAUAAGAGGCUGAAUGCCACUCGCUGUAUCGAUAUUGAUGAGUGCCAGAUUCAAGGAGUUUGUCCCAAUGGAAACUGCAUAAACACUAUGGGAAGCUACAGAUGUAUCUGCAACCCAGGCUUUGUGCCUGAUCCCAGCCUGACCACCUGCUUCCCCGAAACACCUGCUCUUCGCGAGGAGAAAGGUGCUUGCUUCCGAUUGGUCAGUUCGGGGAAGCAGUGCUUGCACCCUGUGUCCACUCAGCUGAGUAAACAGUUAUGCUGUUGUAGUGUGGGCAAGGCCUGGGGUCCUCAUUGUGACCGCUGCCCCCUACCUGGGACAGCUGCGUUUAAAGAAAUCUGUCCUGGAGGAAUGGGUUAUCAUGUCACCACACCGUACAUUUACAAGCCCAAACCUCCUAAUGGACACAGCCAGACAGACGGUCAUGGGCAGAGCAAGCCCACCAUCAGACACCAAGCGCCUGUGGAUCAUCCCAUGCCCUUCCCCACCCUACAGCAGCCCGUGGAAGCUCUCAGCAUUACAGAGAGGCAGCUACCUGUGCCCACAGUUCCCCGGCAGGAGCUUUAUACCCACAUGAGUGUUGAUAGGUCAGUAGUACAGCCCGGACAGGCCCAGCUGUCACCCGGGGUGUCUACAAUCAGGAUGGAGCCUGCCCUCCCAGAGGUGGUGGAGAAGGUGUCACCACCCGCUCCUGUGGCACUUCCGCCCUCCAUAGAAAGUCAGGACAUCUCCCCAACACAGCUGGCAGAGAUUGACGAGUGUCAACUGACACCUGAUAUCUGUGGUGCAGGAAUCUGUUAUAACACUGUUGACAGCUACAAGUGCAUCUGUGAUGACGGCUAUAGAAUAGACAGUGAGGGCACCAUAUGUGUAGAUGUCGACGAGUGUGCAGAGAGCCCAAGUUUGUGUGCUAAUGGUCACUGUCAGAACACUCCAGGCGGAUUCCUGUGUGCGUGUGAGCCAGGCUUCAUGCCUAACGAGAAGGGCACCAGCUGCUCCGAUAUCGAUGAAUGUCAGGAUGGGAGAGUGUGUCCGUCCGGUCUCUGCUAUAACACUCUGGGCUCUUUCAUGUGUUCUCCUUGUCCGGAUGGGUUUGAAGGGAGAAAUGGCCAAUGUGUUGAUAUAAAUGAGUGUCUGGAUGAAAAAGUAUGCACUCAUGGUCAGUGCUUCAAUCGGGAGGGCUAUUUCGUUUGCACAUGUGAUGAAGGAUUCUCGCUCACUCCUGAUGGCAAGGCCUGCAUAGACAUUGACGAAUGCCAGGAUGACAGUGUGUGCAUCCAAGGUCACUGUCAGAAUACAGAGGGGUCGUUUAUCUGCAACUGUGAGCCCGGCUUUAUAUUGUCGUCCACAGGAGACCAAUGUAACGACGUGGACGAGUGUUUGGAGUUAUCUCAGACCUGUGAUGGUGUGGGGCAGUGCGUCAAUAUGUUGGGAUCUUACCAGUGCAACUGCCCACAGGGAUAUAGACAAGUUAACGGCACCAGCUGCCAAGAUGUUGAUGAGUGUGAGGACGAGACACAGCUGUGCGUCCCCAACGGAGGGUGUUUGAACAUAGAGGGUUCGUUCCUGUGUGUGUGUGAUGCCGGCUUUGUGUCCACCAGGGAUCCACCAGGCUGUGAGGAUGUAGAUGAAUGUGUGGAUGGCAGCAGAUGUGUAAAUGGUACCUGUUCAAACACAGAGGGCUCGUAUCUCUGCCAUUGUGAAGCAGGUUACCGCCUGGAGCCAACCAAUCAGACGUGCCAGGAUAUUGAUGAGUGUGCUGACUUGGGGACGUCUAUUUGUGUGGUUUGGGCCUGUCAGAACACACCGGGCUCUUACCGAUGUGAGGUGCCCUGCCCACCUGGCCUUUCCCGAGGCGAACAUGGCGUCUGCAUCGACGUGGAUGAGUGUUCUCUGAAUGAGAAUACCUGUGGAAGUCAUGGUGUUUGUCAGAAUACAAUAGGCUCCUUCAGCUGCCAGUGCGACCCAGGAUUCAAGGACUCUCAGGAUGGGCAGGGGUGUGUGGAUGUGAACGAGUGUGAGCUGCUCGGUAAUGUGUGUGGUGAGGCCAUCUGUGAGAAUCGUGAAGGCACCUUCCUGUGUUUGUGUGCUGAUGAGAUGCAAGAAUUUGAUCCGAUGUCGGCCAAAUGCUUCUCUACACAACCAGUCACACCAGUGGAGAGGAAAGAGUGUUAUUUCAACUUGAAUGAUGAGAACCUGUGUGAUAAGGUGCUGGCCAGCAGCAUGACUAUAGAGGAGUGCUGCUGUACGCUAGGAGCCGGCUGGGGGGACAACUGUGAGGUCCAUCCCUGCCCCAUACCAGGAACAGAUCAGUUCUCCCAGAUGUGUCCGGCAGGCCGGGGUUACAUUCCUCCUGAUGAUCCUAUGAUUCCUACAACCAGCUUAGCAGGAAGCUUCAAAGAUGCAGAUGAAUGCAAGCUUUUUGAAAAUGAGAUCUGCAAAGACGGCUUUUGUCUCAAUACCCCCGGUGGGUAUGAGUGUUACUGCAAGGCCGGACUCUACUAUGAUGAGAGCAAACUGCAGUGUGUUGAUAUACACAGAUUAAAGCAGCUUGAUGCAGUUUAA